UAUUCCCAACAAUUUCGACCAAUUUAGUUAGUCUAUGGAACAAGAUGGCACUAAAAGCACUUGUCGGACAAAAGAUUAUGAACGAGGUGAUCCGCUAUCGCGGUCCCAAAGGCAAGGAAUCACAGCGCAUAGAAUGGCGUAUUCUCAUCGUGGAUCAGCUGUCUAUGCGCAUGGUGUCUGCAUGUUGCAAAAUGCAUGACAUCUCAGCGGAAGGCAUUACCUUGGUAGAAGACAUUCACAAGAAACGCGAGCCGCUUUACACCAUGGAUGGCAUUUACCUGAUAACACCCUGUGAGAAAUCUGUUCAUGCAUUGAUCAACGAUUUCUCAGUUGGUAACCGUAUAAUGUACAAAGCUGCUCACGUCUUCUUCACUGAAGUGUGCCCAGAGGAAUUGUUCAAUGAACUCUGCAAAUCAUCAGCUGCUAGAAAAAUCAAAACUUUAAAGGAAAUCAACAUUGCUUUCUUGCCUUAUGAGAGUCAGGUGUUUUCGUUGGACUCACCGGACACAUUCCAGUGCAUGUACAACCCGGCGCUCACGCAGACGCGCAACGCCAACAUGGAGCGCAUCGCCGAACAGAUCGCCACUCUCUGUGCUACUCUUGGAGAGUACCCGUCGGUUCGUUACCGCAGUAACAUUUAUUACAGCGACUGGGAGCGUAAUGUAGAACUAGCGCAACUUAUUCAGCAAAAACUCGACGCAUACAAGGCAGACGAGCCGACCAUGGGCGAAGGUCCUGAGAAGGCGCGCUCGCAGCUGCUGGUGCUGGACCGCGGCUUCGACUGUGUUUCGCCGUUACUGCACGAACUCACGCUCCAGGCUAUGGCCUAUGACCUACUCCCCAUUGAGAAUGACGUCUAUAGAUAUGAUGCAUCACAGGGGCACAUGAAGGAGGUACUUUUAGAUGAAAAUGAUGAACUUUGGGUGGAACUGCGACACCAGCACAUUGCGGUCGUAUCAACGUCUGUCACCAAGAAUCUCAAGAAGUUCACUGAUUCCAAACGUAUGGGUGGAGGUGACAAGCAGUCGAUGCGCGACCUGUCACAAAUGAUCAAGAAGAUGCCGCAAUAUCAGAAAGAGUUGUCUAAGUACGCGACCCACCUGCGUCUUGCUGAGGACUGCAUGAAGUCUUACCAAGGCUACGUCGACAAACUGUGCAAAGUUGAACAGGAUCUCGCAAUGGGUACCGACGCUGAGGGAGAAAAAAUUAAGGACCAUAUGAGAAGCAUUGUACCAGUUCUACUCGAUCAGACGAUCAAAAACUACGACAAGAUGCGCAUUAUCGCUCUGUAUAUAAUGUCGAAGAAUGGCAUUUCUGAGGAGAACCUCAACAAGCUGGUGACGCACGCGCAGCUCGAGCCGUCCGACAAACAGGCGCUGCUCAACCUCGCCAACCUCGGCCUCAACGUCGUCGUCGAUGGUAAUAGAAAGAAGCAAUAUCAAGUACCACGAAAGGAGAGGAUCACUGAACAGACAUAUCAGAUGUCUCGUUGGACACCAGUGAUCAAGGACAUCAUUGAAGAUUCGAUUGAAGAUAAAUUGGACCAACGCCAUUUUCCAUUCCUCGCAGGACGCGCUCAGACUUCUGGAUACCAAGCUCCAACGAGUGUGCGUUAUGGCCAUUGGCAUAAAGAUAAGGCGCAACAGACUAUUAAAAAUGUACCGCGUCUGAUCGUCUUUGUAGUUGGAGGCGUUUGCUUCUCCGAGAUACGCUGCGCCUACGAGGUGACGGCGGCUCUCAAGAACUGGGAGGUGAUCAUGGGCUCGUCCCACAUCCUCACACCGGACAACUUCCUCUCGGAUCUCAGCUCUCUUACCGCUUAAACAGCAACAUCGAGGGAUACCUUUUAGGUUUAGCCGUUUCUUUAUGGUAUUAUAGAACUACCGAUGGGCAAAAAUGUAAUUGAUAAAAAAGCUAGAUUGAAUCUUAGUUUUACUAGCAAUCCUUGUGGAUAGCGAUGUUUAUCAACUAAUAUUUGUACAUGGCAAUUAUUACCAUAGGCUAGCGAAGUGCUUCUAAUACAUUCAAUUAGGCAGUACCUAACGUAGUAAUGUAUACAUGCGUAAACAGAAAAUUAUAUGAUAACAACAUUUGAAAGAUAUAAAAUUUGCUUUAAGCAUUUUUUAACUUACAACCUUGUCGAUAACAACUGUGUCGAAAACGAAAUUAAAACAUUACUGCUUCGAUAAAUAUUUAAUUAUUUGUUUUAAUGUAAUUGUGAUAUUGUUUGCGAUGAAUUGUAAUAACAAUUCUAUGUUAUGUUUGUAGAUUUAGGUUAAUAUUUUGAUCAAAAUAUUUAUAUUGUUGAUGUUUUACAAGUUUUAAUAUUAUUUUGUAAAGUCUCAUAAUAGACGUUGACAUGAAUUUACUUGUAACAGAUCCUUAUUCAUAAUUAAUAUGUUAAAGGACAUAAGUAUUUUUUUAUAAUUUUAAUAGUUACUAUUUGUAGUAAAGAACUCUAGUUCGAUAAAUAAUUACGGCCUCCUGUAAUAAGUCUUAAAGUUUGUAAACAGACGAAGUAAAUAUUAGUUAUGAAAUUUUUGGAAUUAAAUUUUAGGAUCGAGGAGGAAUGGCUUAUUUGAAUGUUAAUCCACUACAUUGUAGAGACAACAUUAAACACUCACGUGAAAUAGAUCAAAGUAUCUUAAAGUUUACAUAGAAUGAAUAAUUUUAAAAAAACUUAAUAAAUGUUCAUAAGAUUGUCCCUUUAAAACCGAUAAUAAUAUUCACAUAUUACAUAUAAGUAAUAUGUUAUAGCAAUUCGUGUUUUAGUUAUCUCUACAUUCCAAUAAUAGUAAUUUUAUGUGCUCGUAUCAAUAUAUAGAUAUCGUGACUUUCAUCAUUUUAAUUAAUACUUAAUAACUCAUGAGACAUUAGGUAGUUGUUAGUUAUAUAGAAAAAAAUUAUUUAUAUUAAUUUAGUGUCAAAAACAAAAAUAACAAUAUUGGUUCUUAAAUUGUUAAUAUAUAUAAAACAAUACAUUUACAUAUCGUAUGAUAUGGAUUAUUAGAAUAUUAACUAUAACAAUUUUUACAUUUAAUUCCUAAUAAUUAAUAGUCAACGCCCAAGUUUGUGCAAUUAUGUAGAAUAUACGCAUUUCCUUUUACCUGUGUAAACCAACUUAACUAUCAGUAUUCAAGUGUUACAUAUUAAUAAAAUAUUUAAUCAUC